GUUGACCGGUUUGACCAUCAUACCAUCAAGCACAAGUUUCCUUUUAGAUGGUCGCCUAUGGUCUUCACAUAUUUAGGAAUAAUGGUGGAUGGUAAUCUGAACAACCUCUAUAAACUCAAUCUGGCCAGUUUGUUGCAAAAGGUGGAGGUUGACCUUUGUAAAUGGAUGGACUUACCUCUCACUCUACUGGGUAGAAUCAAUGUAAUUCAAAUGAAUGUCCUGCCCAGAUUUCUAUAUCUGUUUCAAUCUCUCCCUAUCCCUGUUCCCGCAGCAUUCUUUUCCUCUCUCGACAAGCUGACCAGACGGUUUAUCUGGCACGGCAAAACCCCUAGGUUUAGCCUGGAUAAACUGUCCCUUGAUUACGUCAAGGGGGCUUAAACCUCCCCAAUUUUAGAAUGUACUACUGGGCUGCACAGUCUAGGUUUCUGGCUCAGAGGUUUGACAAUGGUCCCUCUCCCUCAUGGUUGAACAUUGAAAAGCUUGAGGUAAAUGAUGACACUGGGGCAGAAUUGUUUUUACAAAUGGGACAGAAAAUCUAGAAAAACCAUCACAGACAAACCUUUAAUCAUACAUUCUGUCCUGGCAUGGUGCAAACUGCAUGAGCUGUUCAGACGAGGGGGAUUCCUUUCCCCUAAAACCCCUUUAUGGAACAAUAGAUUGAUUCCUAUGUUUUUCCAGAAUAGUAACAUUCGACCCUGGUCUGAUAAGGGGAUCACUCUUCUGGAACAUUGUUAUGAGGAGGGAGUUCUUAUGUCUUUUGAUCAGCUGAAACAGAAAUACCACUUGCCUAACAGGGACUUCUUUAGCUACCUACAACUACGAAACUUUAUUAGGGUGACUCUCAAGGGACAAUGGAACCUACCUAAGAUGUCACCUAUUGAACAACUCUGCCACGCAGACCAACCACUGUUCAAGCCCAUUUCCCGUAUUUACGAUGCUCUUAUGUCAGGACUAACACUGCCUGGGCUAGAUAAACCCCGACUUAGAUGGGUAAAAGAUCUGGGUAUUGAUCUUGAUGAGGAUCUAUGGAGUGACCUAUGCAGGGAUGGUGUUACAUCCACAUUGAACUCCAGAUACAGACUGAUCCAGUUUAAUUUCCUCCAUCAGCUCUAUAUCACCCCAUCUAGACUGCACAAGUUCAACCCUGAUAUCUCCUCCCUAUGUUUUAGAUGUGGCUCAGAUGAAGGAACAUUCCUCCAUUCCACUUGGCAGUGUUCUAAACUACACGGUUUAUAUAUAUAUUUUUUUAAAUUACGCUCGUCUUGUACUGUCGCUUUGUCCUAUUGUUGUCUAACAUGUUUUCACUUUUAUUUUAUUUUGAAUGUUUUUAAUUGGAAAAUGCAAAAAAAACAAAACAAAUGUUGACCGGUAGUGUAUGCAUCAAACUGUAUGUAAGGCUUGACCGAAAUGGUAGCAGAAGGUGAAUGUUGAACUUUUGUUGCACACAUAUCUAGAUGAUGCUGCGUAAACACACAAUAGGUGUGAUCAAGGCAUUAUACCUCAGUGGCCAAGUCCCCAACAACCUGGAUGCUCCGGAUUUCAGAGGAAAUGGAAAGAGAGCCUGUGACGAGACUUCUGCUUUUGGACAUUAUAACAAGGGUCAUCACUAGUUACCACAGCCACAACGUCAUAAAACCCCGCCUAUUUUUUAAAUGUAUCUUCUUAAAAUUGUAUUUUAAACCUAACCCUAACCACACUGCUAAAAUUACCCUAAUCUUAAAUUAAGACCUUAAAGCAACCCACAAUGUUUUUACAUUUCUACUACGUAGCUGGACUUGACUUUGUGGCUGUGAUAACUACUGUAAACCGGUAGAAAGACGCUCCAUCUUAACUCUUCCACUACAUUUACUGGAUUGGUUGAAUAGUGCCUCAGGUUGCUCAGUAAGCGUAACAGUAUUGAUUGGUCCACCAGUCUGCCAGUCAUUGUCUAGCUCUACUAUCACGCAAGUGACGCCCUAGUUUCUGCAGGUGCAACACUGGGUACUACUGCAACGGAGCUACAGAUAAAACAGACAAUUCACGAUGGCCUCAGCAACAGCCACCUAUGGACAGAAGGAGUCCUCCGACCAGAACUUCGACUACAUGUUCAAGAUCCUGAUCAUUGGCAACAGCAGUGUGGGUAAAACCUCCUUCCUUUUUCGCUAUGCUGAUGACUCCUUCACGCCGGCUUUCGUCAGCACGGUGGGCAUCGACUUCAAGGUGAAGACCAUCUACAGGAACGACAAAAGGAUAAAGCUGCAGAUCUGGGAUACUGCCGGACAGGAGCGCUACAGGACCAUCACCACGGCCUACUACAGAGGAGCCAUGGGCUUCAUCCUCAUGUAUGACAUCACCAACGAGGACUCCUUCAACGCCGUGCAGGACUGGUCCACCCAGAUCAAGACGUACUCCUGGGACAACGCCCAGGUCCUGCUGGUGGGAAACAAGUGUGACAUGGAAGACGAGAGGGUGGUGGCAGCAGACCGGGGCCGGCAGCUCUCUGACCAACUGGGCUUUGAGUACUUUGAGUGCAGUGCCAAGGACAACAUCAACGUCAAGCAGACGUUUGAGCGGCUGGUGGACAUCAUCUGUGAGAAGAUGUCGGAGAGCUUAGACAACGCCGACCCCGCCGUCACAGGGGCCAAACAGGGGCCCCAGCUCACCGAGCAGCCCGAACGCCCCCACCAGGACUGUGCUUGCUAAACACCCACUACACACGUACCACACACACCUGACCCCUCACACACCACUUCCUGCAGCCUCCUCAGCUGGUGGAAGAGGUCUGUGAUGGGUUUGUGUUUUAGAUGGAAGAGCCUGGCUGAAAACUCCGUUAUUCCAUAUUUCAGUCCCCCGUCCAUCCAUAGGUGUUUAGAGUCCAAAGUUCACAUUCUGACUCCCCUUACUGCGGCCUCGAACCUGAAGGGAUUUCAUGUAUUUUUUCGAAGGGCCACAUUGCUGUUUACUGUUGAUAGCUUUGUUUUUGUUUUUUCGAUGUCCUCGAUUAGCUGGUUAACAAUCAAAUUAAUUUAAGUGGAGUGAGUGAGGUAUGUUCUAAGUCCACAUUUGGGAUAACAAAUAUUUUUAUGAGAUUUGUUUUUUCAAACAUAUCUGACCAAAGUCCCAUGCAUAUUGGUUAUCAGUCAUGGUCAUUUCCUAAUAUUUUAUCAUUGCUGGAGAACUUUUUUUUUUUUUUUUACUCAUCUUUUGUUUUUUUUUAGCAAACCUAGAAAAGUGUCUUUAAGUAGAAGAGUAUAUAUAAAUGUUCAACUUCGUAAUAUAAUAAAUAUGCAUUUUAGAAUUCAAAAAUAUAUAAACAAAUGGUGUAAAAUUACAAUCAUUUAAGGUGUAAAAAUAUCUGUGCUUUGUGAGAGGUGCAUGCUGUUUUUUUGUGUUUUUUUUUUUUUUUACCAUGGAACAUCUAAGAGCUGUUGGACACGUCCCGCUGAAUCAAACUGGCUUGUUUGUUUCGCUGUUUGGGUCUGUUGUGAACAACAGUUGAAAAUGUAGCUUCUUAUUCCUUGUCAGUGUGCAUCACUGCUAUUCUACAGCACAAUCGCCUCUUAUUCAUGUGUAUAACACGAGCACACGCACACACACACACAGUCAGGACAACACUGGGCUACUGCACCCAUAUACUACAACACUGACCAAUGUUAACAUCACGUUCCAAUCUCUUUCCCAUAGUCCGUUUGACUUUUUGAUUGAUUUUUUUGUUUUGUUUUUGCAUGUUCAACGUCACGUUUGUGUGAUUUUGGUCUGUUUCAGUGUAAAGAUAAUUGCUUGUUGGUAUAUACAUGAGGAUAACGUAGUCAAUGAAAUGCACUGAGGCACAUGAAGGUACUUGGUCAGUUAUGUCACGACCAUCUAUAUUUACACACAGUAUUAUGUCUUGUUUUUUAGAUGAGGUUCUUCAUAGAUUGUUUGCGGGCUGCACUCUAUCACGGUUGGAAAAAAGACUUAUCAGUAUUGUGUUGGGUGGUUGGUUUAAACCAGGCUGUCCUUUUUGAGAUUGAAUUGGGUUGACGUACUCCUGCCCGAAAACACUUACAUUCCACUGUAUGUUCUCCUGAUUAUGUACAAGCUGUUUCAAGGAACUGCUUUUACUUCCAUUUUCCAUGUUUCUAAACCAACUGAACCUUUUAGGGUGGGUGUAGUACCAGUGUGAAUACUGUAUUACUCUCAGAGAGCCUGGUUCUCCAAUAUUAACUACCAACAAACCUGCUAAAGGUCAUGUCUGUUACAAAUACUGUUUGUGUUUAGUCUUAAGGCAGCUUUGCUUUAAUGUUUUUUCCAAAGACGUCCCAAUUAGACUACCAAGCCAAAAAUGACACCCACUGGGACAAGACUUGUUUGACAUGUUUUUGGAGCUGCACUGAGUAAAAGGCCUGUAGUACUGUAGUACAAGAGAAGCAUUUGGUAUGUAUGCCUACUCCCUGUGGCAGUUUUCAAAAAGGGAGAAGUGUGUAAAGUAUAAUCAGUACUUUAUUUAACUUAGCAAGUCAGUUAAGAAAAAAGUAUUAUUUACAAUGACGGCCUACCGGGGAAAAGUGGGUUAACUGCCUUUUUCAGGGGCAGAACGACAGAUUUUUACCUUGUCAGCUCGGGGAUUCGAUUAUUGGCCCAGCUCGGGAUUUGGUUACACGCCCAACGCUCUAGCCACUCGGCAACCUGCCGCCCCUAAUCACUUCCUAUUAAACAACUUUAGUUUUCUUUGUUGAUUUUCUGUUUUGCUGUAAACUUGCCUCUGACUUAGGUAUGUGUCCAAUUCAGCUUUCUUAGCUCUCCGCCCUUCCUUCCCCGUGUAAAUAAGCAUUUUUUUGUUGGGUUUUAGUCUUGAAUUGUGCUGUAAUACUGUAACUCCAGGUUUGCUAAAACCAAUGAAUUAAUAAACAAAAUAUAAAAGCA